GCGCAGGGAGCAGCAUGGAGCAGUUAGCAGACCGGUUGUGCGCGGCCGCCGCCCGGGGUCGGGUCGAGGAGGUGCGGGAGCUGCUCCAGGCCGGGGCACAGCCCAAUGCACCGAACCGUUUUGGUCGCUGCCCGAUUCAGGUCAUGAUGAUGGGCAGCGCCCGCGUGGCCGAGCUGCUGCUGCUCCACGGCGCGGAGCCCAACUGCGCCGACCCCGUCACCCUCGCCCGACCGGUGCACGACGCCGCCCGGGAGGGCUUCCUGGACACGCUGCUGGCGCUGCACAGGGCCGGGGCGCGGCUCGACGUGCGCGACGCCUGGGGCCGCCUGCCCGUGGACCUGGCUGAGGAGAGGGGCCACCACCACGUCGUAGGGUACCUACGCGCGGCGGUGGGGGCACCAGAGGCAGUCUAGCAGACAGUCUCGCCUUUAAGGAUAAGGAGGAGGAGAUCUGGAGGAGAUCGCGAGACACUUUGAAGAUACUUCGAAGUUGAACCCGCUGGACGUCCCACCCCCACCCCCACCCCAACCCCAUUUCUGCCCUG